AUGGUGCUGAAAACGAUAUUGCUGGCAGCCGCCACGCUAUCGUCGUCGACGGUUCUGGCGGCCUUUGGCGUGACCAAGAGCGGAAAUGACUUUGUCGUUGAUGUCGCAUCGCCGCAAUCGCUAGUCUUUACUGUCAAUGGCAAAAACUGCGAUAUCACGUCCAUCAAGUACCGCGGCGAGGAGCUGCAAUCGCCCGACAAGGGAUCGCAGGUUGAAAUGGGGCUGGGUAGUGCGAAUGUCAAGUAUGAAAUGGUUGGGUCAAACUAUACAAAGAUCACUUGUACGACAAGUACCUUGACACACUACAUGGUGGUGAGGCCGGGGGAUGCAACCAUCUACAUGGCAACGGAUACUACGGCUGAGCCGACUGUUGGCGAGCUGCGCUACAUUGCUCGUCUGCGCAGUAGCGCAUUGCCAUUGAGUUAUCCGUUUGGCGUGGCAUCUACGACGGCAAAUGCGACGUCGACUGUCGAAGGCCAGGAUGUCUUUGUGGUGGAUGGCCAGACACGCAGCAAGUUCUACUCGAGCGACCGCUUCAUCGACGACGGUGUGCACUGUGUUUACCGCGACGUGGAUUCAGUCUAUGCUUGCUUGUUGAUGAAUGACUACUCGUAUGAAGUCUCCUCGGGAGGACCCUUCCACCGCGAUAUCAACACCAACAACGGCGGGACCUCGACUUCUUUGACCUUUUACAUGAACAGCAACCAUGUCCAACUUGAGCAGUUCCGUCAGGGCUUCCAUGGCCCGUAUGCACUUUCCUUCACGCAGUCGGACGUGCCAAAAGGCGGCUCCGCUUUUGACUCGACCUUCUUCAAGGACCUGGGAAUCCAAAACUACGUUGCUCCGUCGGACCGCGGCACGGUAACCGGAACGGCUACGGGUGUGAAAUCUGGCUUCCAGAUUGUGCUUCAUUGGUACAACGAUGCAGCGCAGUAUUGGGCCUAUGCCGAUGAUUCUGGACAUUUUACCUCGCCAGCCAUGAAGCCUGGGAAUUACACGCAGGUGCUGUACCAGCAAGAGUUCAAGGUCAAAGCGAGUACCGUGUCGGUGGUCGCUGGCCAAGCAACCACAGCCAACAUUACGGCUGACACGGAGGCCAAAAAGUCCAUCUGGCGUAUUGGCGACUGGGACGGUCAGCCAAAGGGGUUCCGCAACGCAGACAAACAGCUCCGCAUGCACCCGUCAGACACUCGUAUGGACUCUUGGGGCCCCCUGACGUAUACCGUCGGUUCCAGCACCCUCAACGACGUCCCCAUGGCCAUCAUCAAGGACAUGAAUCCCCUGACCAUCAAGUUCGAAAGUAACAACACGAGCGCGGCCACGCUGCGUGUCGGCACCACGCUUUCCUUUGCAGGCUGUCGUCCGUCGGUCGUGGUCAACGCGUUCCAAGCUCGGAAUUUCGCUGCGCCGACCAAGAUUAAUUCGCGAGGUUUUACGAGAGGCGCGUAUCGAGGGUUUGGCGAGAUUUACAACUUCAACAUUCCGGCUGGUACUCUGGUCAACGGAGAUAACACCAUUACCAUCAGUUGUUUGAGUGGAGACAAAAGUAACAACGCCUACUUGGCAGCGAAUGUGAUCCUCGAUGCGAUUGAGCUAUUCGCCGUCUAG